CUGGGCAGUGAGUUCAACAACAACGACAACAACAGCCGCAGCUCAUCCUGGCCGUCAUGGAGUUUCUUGAAAGAACGUAUCUUGUGAAUGAUAAAGCUGCCAAGAUGUAUGCUUUCACACUAGAAAGUGUGGAACUCCAACAGAAACCGGUGAAUAAAGAUCAGUGUCCCAGAGAGAGACCAGAGGAGCUGGAGUCAGGAGGCAUGUACCACUGCCACAGUGGCUCCAAGCCCACAGAAAAGGGGGCGAAUGAGUACGCCUAUGCCAAGUGGAAACUCUGUUCUGCUUCAGCAAUAUGCUUCAUUUUCAUGAUUGCAGAGGUCGUGGGUGGGCACAUUGCUGGGAGUCUUGCUGUCGUCACAGAUGCUGCCCACCUCUUAAUUGACCUGACCAGUUUCCUGCUCAGUCUCGUCUCCAUGUGGUUGUCAUCGAAGCCUCCCUCUAAGCGGCUGACAUUUGGAUGGCACCGAGCAGAGAUCCUUGGUGCCCUGCUCUCCAUCCUGUGCAUCUGGGUGGUGACUGGCGUGCUAGUGUACCUGGCAUGUGAGCGCCUGCUGUAUCCUGAUUACCAGAUCCAGGCGACUGUGAUGAUCAUCGUUUCCAGCUGCGCAGUGGCGGCCAACAUUGUACUAACUGUGGUUUUGCACCAGAGAUGCCUUGGCCACAAUCACAAGGAAGUACAAGGCAAUGCCAGCGUCAGAGCUGCUUUUGUGCAUGCCCUUGGAGAUCUAUUUCAGAGUAUCAGUGUGCUAAUUAGUGCACUUAUUAUCUACUUUAAGCCAGAGUAUAAAAUAGCCGACCCAAUCUGCACAUUCAUCUUUUCCAUCCUGGUCUUGGCCAGCACCAUCACUAUCUUAAAGGACUUCUCCAUCUUACUCAUGGAAGGUGUGCCAAAGAGCCUGAAUUACAGUGGUGUGAAAGAGCUUAUUUUAGCAGUCGACGGGGUGGUGUCUGUGCACAGCCUGCACAUCUGGUCUCUAACAAUGAAUCAAGUAAUUCUCUCAGCUCAUGUUGCUACAGCAGCCAGCCGGGACAGCCAAGUGGUUCGGAGAGAAAUUGCUAAAGCCCUUAGCAAAAGCUUUACGAUGCACUCACUCACCAUUCAGAUGGAAUCUCCAGUUGACCAGGACCCUGACUGCCUUUUCUGUGAAGACCCCUGUGACUAGCUCAGUCACACCGUCAGCUUCCCAAAUUUGACAGGCCACCUUCAAACAUGCUGCUAUGCAGUUUCUGCAUCAUAGAAAAUAAGGAACCAAAGGAAGAAAUUCAUGUCAUGGUGCAAUGCACAUUUUAUCUAUUUAUUUAGUUCCAUUUACCAUGAAGGAAGAGGCACUGAGAUCCAUCAAUCAAUUGGAUUAUAUACUGAUCAGUAGCUGUGUUCAAUUGCAGGAAUGUGUAUAUAGAUUAUUCCUGAGUGGAGCCGAAGUAACAGCUGUUUGUAACUAUCGGCAAUACCAAAUUCAUCUCCCUUCCAAUAAUGCAUCUUGAGAACACAUAGGUAAAUUUGAACUCAGGAAAGUCUUACUAGAAAUCAGUGGAAGGGACAAAUAGUCACAAAAUUUUACCAAAAUAUUAGAAACAAAAAAUAAGGAGAGCCAAGUCAGGAAUAAAAGUGACUCUGUAUGCUAACACCACAUUAGAACUUGGUUCUCUCACCAAGCUGUAAUGUGAUUUUUUUUUUCUACUCUGAAUUGGAAAUAUGUAUGAAUAUACAGAGAGGUUCUUACAACUAAUUUUUAUUUACUUGUCACAUUUUGGCAAUAAAUCCCUCUUAUUUCUAAA